AUGCUUGCUAUCGACGAUAUUAUCGCUAUAUGCUUUGGUCUGACUAGCGUUCUCCUUGCAACCAUUUCUCUUUAUGUCAUGUGCAAACCAAAAGCCGCCCCAGACAUAUCAGGGCCUGAUCUUGAAUCGGGACCACGAACUACGAGCCUACCCUCCAAUCGAGCAUAUCCGAUCUCAGCAUCCUCCCGUCUUCCCAGUAGAGCACCUUCAAUGUCGGCAUAUUCCAGUCUCCCUAGCCGAGCUCAAAUCUCAUUGCACGAUGAUAACCACAACCACCUCCGCUCAAUUAGAUCCAGCCCUCAACGUGCGACAAAUCAAUUACAAGAUUUGGGCAUGCUCGUGCCGGAUUUGACAUUUGCUACACUGGAACCUUCUUCUGAAUCUGCGAUUGAACUCUAUCAGGUAACGCACUCGACAAGGUUUAUAUCGUACAAUCGGAGUUGGGGUUGA